UGGAACAAAAACAACAACAACAUCAGCUGUUGCUUUGCGACGACGUCUCCAGCAGAGAGCAACACAACACUACAUGUUGCAUGAUAAAUGGAGCUGGUGCGUAAAAGCCAGCAGGGAUGCGGACACAUGUGUGGCAUGUGUCCUCUGUGCGCCUUUGCACCAACACCGCCGGCCUCCACCCGGUGUCUGUGGAAGGUGUCGGAUGAAUUCAAGAGGAGGUUCGUGGUGGAGCUGCUGCUGAGGUGCAGAAACGUGAAGGUGCUGGAAGACAUCCAGGGUGUGCUGGGGGUGACUGCAUCCUGGACUGUCUCCACUUAUGCAAGGUCAAGGAGCCCGGUGACCCCUCAGGAUGACCCCUGCAGAGGCUCAGAGAGGCCUCUGGAUGGGAAACCACUGGGCAUGGACCUGGAUGGGAUCUGGCACUGGUUCCACAGCAGCCCAGACUGGAUCAAGUCCAGUUAUCUGUGUCGUCUCUUCUCCUUCUGUGACUCUGAGCUGUUACGCAUGGUGGCCAAUUUAACCUGCGUGCUCCUGGUCAGACAAAAAAGAGGAUUUCUGCAAUUUAAUGUGAGUAGUGGCCUUACCAGUCAUCAUUAUCAGACAAGUGAUGAGGACUCAGAGGACCCGGCUCUUAUGGUGGUGCCCGGAUCCUCAAAAUCUGUGUCUGGAGUCAGCCGGUACCGAGACUUCAUAGGCAGCCUACCUGUGGAUCUGUCAAAGAGGAUAUUAGGUCUGUUAGAUGAGCACGCUUUGAAACGCUGCCUGAAGGUUUGUCGAUACUGGAAGCAUCUUGCACAGGAAACCGUGGAGGAAAUCAAGUUCAGAGGGCUUUUUCAGGAUCAGAUUAAGGCCAUGAUGAAGAGGUGCAGAAGUAUUUAUAAAGUCAGUCAUACUUACGCCAACAUCGUAGAAGUCCCUGUACCAGUCAAACAUGACGAGAAAGUGGAUAUUCAUCGUGAAGUUCAAAAGGUCAAGCCAUUUCAAGCUGCUUAUGCCAAAAUCAAAACCAAGACGGUGCAAAUGGAAGAGCGAAAUGUAUAUUGUGGUGCAUAUUUCACCACGGUGCUGAUCAACAAAGAAGACCCACAUCGGGUGGUGGACUACAGAGGCGGGUCGUUUAUGGCGACGGGCUCCAAGGACCGCGCGGUUCAUCUGAUUUAUGUGGCGUCCGAGACUAAAGUCGUGACAUCGAUGAAGGGCCACGUCGGCAGCAUCCGGGCCGUGCUGCUCUGCAAGGACAGAGACCUGCUGAUCUCAGCGAGCUGCGAUGCCAGUAUCAGGUGUUGGAGCUUGAAGACGGACAGGUGUGAGAUGAUGCUGUAUGGUCACACUGGCACGGUCAACUGCCUGGAUGUCCACGCUGAUAGACUCGUCUCAGGAGCUAAAGACUGUAAAGUCAAAGUGUGGAGUCUACUCACAGGGAAGGAUUUUGAGGAUUUUCAUUUCAAGCACCCCAGUCCUGUCCUGUGUGUGAGGAUCGACAGGAGAACGGUGUACAGCAGCUGUGAUCGGGGCCUGGUCAGAGUUUGGGACAUGGAGAAGGCAUCGCUGCUCAGGGUGAUUGAUGCCCACAGGAGCUCAGUGAAGUGCCUGUUUGUCGACGAAAAUCACUUUUUAUCUGCAGACUUCAACGGUCAGGUGAUGGCCUGGAGCGUCAACUGUGAUGUUAGAGACUGUCUCAUGACCUUCAACCACCCGAAGGAGGUGAAAUCUCUGACUCUUGUUUACCUCCGUGUCAUUACUGGCUGUGUGGAUGGAAAGAUUCGCAUUUUCAAUUUCCUCACCGGAGAUUGUCUGAGAGACAUCACGGCAGAGGCUGAAUCAGGCCGAAUACUGUCUCUGCAUUUCCAUGACAGCCGUAUACUAGUGAACGCCACGUCCGGUGUGAAGCUCUACCAGUUUGCCAAAGUGUUCUGGGAUUACAAAGAGCCACCAGAGGGAGGCCAGGGUGAUGUGGUGGCUCAGGACGCUUUGGUUCCUGAGAAAUGUGUCAGAGAGCUUCCCUUCGUCUCUGUCGGGGCCGCACAGCCAAAAGAUGCAGAACUAUAACACCCUGUUUCCUGUAAAUGUCGAGCACAAGCCAGAGAUCGCUGUCAGACUGCUGACCAGUCACUGAUGCUGAGCGAGAAGGCAACAAGUGAGCGGAUGAAGAGGAGGGGUCUUCAUAAUCCCCCGACACGCGACUCCAUCCUCCUCAGGGUCAACGCCGUCCAGAAGGCGCUGUGCAUGGAUGAAGCCGGGGUCAACAUGGAGCGCAACGCCAGGCUGCGAGAUUCUUGGGGCCCUCGCUCGACCCAGGAUCCUCUGCAGCUACACGACCUGAAGCAGAACCGGCAGACUCAGAUGUGGAUCACACAUGAUGUUCAUCCCAGGAGGGCCAAGACCUGUGUUCCUGUUCUUAAGAGAGCUGCGGGUCAAAAUACGCCAAACACGAUCCAAGGGAGAGACGUCUGCACCGCCCCCGACGCCACGAGGAGACGCCAUCUUUGUUUGUUUUCUAAAAAAGCACAGCCUCACAGUGCUAGCACAUGCAAGGCAACCAAGAGAGUGAGUGAAUUGACUGCAAGGGCCACAGAGGGGCCACGGGCUCCAGAGUGCACGCUCAUGAGAUCACUACCUAAUCCAGAACGCUCCGUGAAAAGUGGCACAGGCUUGCCCAGGAUCAGCCCGGUGGGUCCACUUAGGAAGCACAGAGGCUCAGAUUGUUGGGUCAAGAAGGAUCUCACACACUGUGAGCAAAAACUGUCCAGGAGGAAUAAGAAGCAAGAAAAUACAGUUAAGAGAACUCUGGAGAACCAUGACUCUGAAGUUCCUGCUCUCAGCGCUCGGGCCCUGCCAAUGUUGCGGGGUCACAAGGCGAGGCCUCAGAUUCUUUUCAUGUACGUCGAUGUGAUGUUUGCGGUUUUCGUUUGUUAUGAGAAGGAAGAGCGCCACAUCCACUUCAUGCUCCGCUGUCAACAUGGUGUUCUUACCCCGAGAGCUCGACGGCAGGAUGAGAUUAAAUCUGGAGGCCGCGACCCAGCGAGGCUGCUCUCCUCCAUCCUCUGCUCUCCAGCUGGGUUACAGUGGGAAGUCGUGUUACUGCCUCGUACGGUGGACCUGGCUCUGCCGCGGGAGAGGAAGCAGGAAAUGUUUGCCAUAGCGGGGGCUGCUUUGUACCGCAUGGGAGAUAAUGGGCGCCGUGCGGAGAGGCAGGGAUGUUCCCCGGGCCAUGUUCCUACAUCAGCACAUUGCAACGCGUCCACGCUGUCUGCACAGGAAGCAGCCUUUCCUGUCAUCGCCCUCAUCACUCUGUGA